AUGAUUAAUCUGAACAACAUAAGUGACCUUGAUGAAAAAUAUGAAGAGGGAUAUUCUGACGAAACUUCAAUACGCUGGAGUAAUGUACUCUUCAUUCCAUUCCACCCAGUGUUCAGGAGUGUUGUUAUUGCGGUGGUCGUGAUUAAAACAAUUAUUGGUCCUAUUCAGUCGGUUUAUCCUAUAGUUUACUGCUGGGAGACGAUGGAAGAUAUACCGGAAUUGUCGUUUAUUAAGAUUCUCUAUUUGUACUUUUGCGAUCCAAUUUAUGGCCUAGACACAUUUCUUCAUAUGCUUCACAGACAAGUAACCGAGGAAGCUAUGAGGCGGGAAUAUUUGCCAAAAUCAGCAUUCUUGCUUUUGCUUGAUAUUCUGUCUUUAAUUCCUUUUUAUCGCAUUAUGGCUGAAGAAGUGUGUUCCCCGGUCGAAUUAUGGCCAAAUAUACUUUCAUUCACCGAAUUUGUUAUUAUCUACAGAGUAGCGGAUAGUUUUUCUCUGUUAACUACUCAUAAAUUUAUCUGGAUUGUUUGCGGAUAUACAAUAAUGUUAGCAAUAAGUAUCAAUUGUGUUACUUGUUUUAUACUUUUACUGACAUCGCAUGGUCUUUGCGAAAAUUGUAAAACUGGAAUAUAUGAUUGGCGGUCUUACGUGAUGCAUAAACUAAACGAAACUGACGCUUACUUCUCUACGUACGUUUAUGGAGCAUCAAUGGUUUUAUCAUAUGCUGUUAAUAAGCAAUUUGAUGAAAUUAAACCUUCGACUUUGUCAGAAUACAUAAUCAUUAGCAUAUUGUUAAUCGGAGGAAAUAUCCUACUAACAUUUAUUGUAUUUCCAAAGAUGGUUGCUGAGGCACUAUUAAAGUUACGAAGAAUAUGCAUUUAUUAUCCACAAGUGAAAAGAAUCAUUGAGGAAACCCAAAGACGUAAUCCAACAUCAAAAGCAUAUAUUGAGGUUAAAAAGUUCUAUGAGCUUAUGUGGCAUAAACGAAAUGGUAUAACUUGGAUACCGGAAGUAAUAACAGAGUUACCGAGAUAUUUGAGAGUUGACAUCAGGCAAGAUUUAGUUUGGCCAGUUUUUUAUCAUAGCCCAACUUUAAGAAAAACUUCAGCUCCUUUUAAGCGUUGGCUUAGUGAAUACGUUAGAUUCGACUAUAAGUUGCCCGGUGAAAGACUGUACACCGGACUACAUUGCAAUUCGAAUUUAUAUUAUCUUAAAUCUGGUAUAGUUCAAUUAAUAUCUAUGGACGACGCAUCAACACCCUUGAUUUCUGUAACGAGUGGGACAAUUUUUGGUGAUAUUAACUUCUUUCUCCCUGCUUCAAAGAGAAAAGUGAUUGUUCGUUGUCUGACUUAUUGUGAAGUCUUAUAUAUAGCACGUGUAGAUAUUCUUAAUUCAUUACAUAAAUAUCCAGAAGAUCGUCGUAUGAUAUUGCGUCUAACAAAAGGAAGGAUUAAGCACGCUCGUACUUUGUACACGUGUAAACAACAUGUUAGAGGUUUAGAUAGGGCGGAGGACGAAGGUAUCGCCUGGGUUAAGAGACGGUGGUGGGAACUUUCUGACGCCUUAUCCAACUGGAAAAAGCGAUCUUCUAAGAAAGAAGGUGACAAGUGUGAAUUACCGGCAGAAGACACGGUUUACCAUUGUGCAAAAUAUAUUGGGCAGUUAGUGCUGUGCAGUGAUAUACAGCUACAAAUGAAUUCCAUGUUCUCUAAUGUUAAAUUUCCAUGGAUAUUCGUACCAGAUUCCACGUUUGGUCGAAUAUGGAAAAAAAUUGUAACUACUACGGUUUUUUGGGUAUUAUUAUUGUACCCUCCAUACAUAACCAGAAACGACAUACCUACGUGGUUUAAAUUUUUCCAGUUUUGGACUGAUCUUGUUUAUAUUCUUGAUAUCGUAGUAUCACUUUUAACAUCUGUAGUGAAGAAUGAAAAUAUCACAGAUAAUUUCGCUGCUGUAAUGUUCGCUCGCUGUAAAAGUACACGAUUCGUUUUAGAUGUUCUGUCGACUGUAUGGAUAGAGAAUUUGGUGCUAAUUUGUGGUGUACCUCAGUUAUACGCUGCCUUUCAAUUCAAUCGCUUAAUCAAAAUAUACGUUUUAUUUAGCGAUUGGGAAAUUAACAAGAACCCAGUUUACGAUGUUUGUUAUAAAAUCACCUUGAUAAACGUCUCCUUCAUUUACAUCGUCAGCUACUUUAUUUUUUUGGUUGACAAAAGCAGUCCAAAUUUAACGACAUCUUAUUUCUAUGGCGAAGUAUUUUGUAAAAGAGGAACAUCUGAUGACAAAUGUGAUUUCGAAGGAGUUCACCCGCUUAUUGUUGCGUUAGCCUGGACUUUAGAAUAUUUGUAUUACGAGUACCUUCCAAGCACAUUGAUGGAUAUAUACUUUGCACUUUUAAUCAGUUACAUAUCGUUUAUAGUUUACAUUUAUUGCAAAACCAAUUUGGUUGCAUCUCUUUAUUUGAAAUAUAGGGAAAUUUGUAAUUAUCAAUAUUUUGUGGCAAAUAUUAAAAAACAUUACACACAUCAUAAAAUUCAUCCCGAUUUACUCAAGCGCUUAAAUAGAUAUUUAAUAUGCCAUUGGAAAUAUUAUAAGGGUAUGGAUGUAAUGCAUCCAAACUAUUUAAAAAAUGAACCUUACGACAUUUAUUGGAAAGUUCACGGUGAAGUUGCAGAGAGAGUAAUAAAAGAAUCAAGAGCAUUUAUAUCUGCUGAUCCUGCUCUUAUAAAAGAGUUAGCGUAUAAAGGAAAAUUUCUGGUACUUCCCAAGAAUUCGACCAUUAUUCUUUAUGGUAUAGUGUGUAAGAACGUAUCGUGGAUCGUGCAGGGCUCAGUUUUAUGUGAAUAUCCUGAUGAUCAGGGCGAGCUAGUAUCAAUAAAGUAUAAUCCUGGAGAAUUGCUAACAUCUUUUGGAGUAUUUUUUGGUACCGUUUCUUUGAGAACCUUGAGCGCCUACACUGAAUGUGAAAUUUUGUAUAUAAAAACUCAAGAUUUUAAUAAUAUAAUUAAACAUUAUCCGAACGAGAUGGCACAUUUUCAACAUUGCAUUGAAGAAUUUUCUCCGAAAAUUGAUGUUAUGGUGCAAGAUUAUAUAAAAAAACAUAAAAAUGUAAUCUUCAUGCACUUUUGGAUGUUAUUCCGCGCAAUUGUCGUUGCCGUUUCUAUAGCAACAACUGCAAUUCAAGGUGGUAGUGGAGCUUGUUACAAAAAACCGUUUCAAAUGUUAAGUGAAUUCUGCGAUUUCGUUGCACUUGUCGAUAUUUGUAUGAAACUAUUUAUGGGUUAUUACGAUGAACGAGGCUUACUAAUCACAAGCUUACGUAAAACUGUUGUCCACUAUGUUUUUCGUGGCUUUAUAUUCGAUCUCAUCGGAUGUUUGCCGUGCUACCAAAUUAUUAAUUUAUUUACCACAAAAACCAUCAACGAGGCCAAUGGGAUGUUAUUGGACACAAUUAGUAAAUUCGCACAUUUAUAUAUUCUCAUGGGAUACUUUAAUUACAUAGCCGACAGGCCAAACAUAAGCUUUGCAUUUUUAAUGAUACUGAAGUGGCAAGUCGUUUCUCUGCUUGUAAUGCUUGGAUCAGCUCAUUACUUCGUGAGUCAAUGUAUAGAUUUCGAAUGGGGAGAAAAUUUUAUUCUAGAGAGAAUGUCUCGUCGAAAUCAUUGCUGGUUGCCAAGCUACCUUCCACUUGAUGAAAACCCUACUAAAUAUCAGCUACAUAUGGUUUAUGCGGAAAGUCUAAACCUUGCUCAGAGCGGUUUUAUGAGAUUUAAUCUUGGAAAGUUUCAAAUAAAUCGUGAACACCUCGGAGUUGGAUUCGUACUUUUCGUUAUUGGAGGUAUGUUCUGGUAUGUGAUGUGUUACUCAUUAACUCUACUCGUAUUAAAUUAUCGCGGUAAUACGUUAUUUCAACACGGAGUAAAUCAAUUGAGAAGAUUCUUGAAAGCGGAGAGAGUUGAUAACAAACUCAUCAAACGAGCGGUAGCCCAUUUUAGAUAUUGGUGGUUAAGGACAAAAGGAAUAAACAUUCAGAGUUUAAUGAAUGAACGCAUAGGCGUUAUAUUUAGACAGGACUUGAGUUACUAUUUCUUUAAAAAGGCUGUGGAAGCUACUGAUACUCUUCUGUGCGGUGUCGAAAGCGUAGAACGAGAUCUGGCAAGCGCUUCAACCCAACUUUAUUUUCUUCCACACGAAACUAUCGUUAGACAAAUGGAUCUUACUCCUUACGUUUUCAUCGUUCACCGAGGAAAAAUAAUGAUUAAGAAAGACGGUGCUGAUUUAGCUAUUUUAUCAAAGGGUUCGAUAUUUGGCCAAUUAGACGAAUCUACUCCCAGACCACUACGCAUUUCAGCCGUGUCUACAGAAUAUGCCGACCUUCUACAGAUACCCAUAAAAGAUUUUCAGGAAAUCAUUGGUGACAAGGGCAGAGAAAAUAUUGCCAAAAAUCCACAAGCAAAAUACGAUUAUAUGUGUGUUAAAAAUAUAGUAACUGAAAAUCCAUAUAAUACAAUAAGAUAUUUGCUCAGACGGCGAAAAACUAUCAAGUGCCCGUGGAUGAAGGUGCGAGUGAAGGCAAGAUCUGGUACAUGGUACUCUCGAUUCCUGUACGUUACCUGGAUAUUUGGUCCGGUGGCAUCAGCCUUUCUAGUUCUUCUUUUAGUAACGUUGCCGGAAGGGAAUAAUUUGGAGAUGAUAUUUUUUUUCACGAUUUUGGAUAUCAUCCAUGUACUUCACAUGGUAGCUGACUUUUACUCAACUGAACUGAUAGUCAUUCAAAGAAAAUGCGUAGAUGUUCCUGUACGUUGGGGUAUUUUGAAGAAGUGGCAGUUUUACAUUGACGCACUGUCUAUCAUUUUACCAAUAGCAACAUAUUUUACUGGUAAUAGAGCUUAUAGUUUGACGAGGCUCCUAAGAUUGCGUCUGCUCUAUAAUUUUCAUCAACACUUAUGCAAGGGAUUUGAGAGCACAAUUGCUCCAAUAUUAUUAAAAUUUAUAAUAGUAACUCUUCUGCUCCAUUGCAUGACGUGUGGCUGGAUAUAUGUGGCAUGUCGAGGGUCGGAGUUUCCAUUAGAUAUACCAGUUGUACCACCAGAUAUAAAUACUACGAUUGAUUACAGCGAAUGGUGCUCACCUAGCCAAAGGAAAGGAGGAUGCGUUCGAAUAACAAGGAACUAUGUCGAAAAUAAUAAAAAUAAAUUCAGUUUCCUGGUACCUAUAAAAUGGACUGCGGAUUAUAUCGUCGCCAUGCUGUACAUAAUAAUUAUAUAUACUCACACGGAAGUCGAUAUCGUGAUUGCGCUCACAUUGAAACAAGUUUACUACAAACUGUUCAUCAACUAUAUCUUUUAUCCGACAGAAAUUUGGAUUCUCAGUGUAGCUAUUAGUGCUGUUUACACGAAGUUUCGAGAACUUUACGCUUACGACUACGACGUAAAUAGUCUAAUUACGUCUCUUCGACAUAGUGGCUUGUCGCCCACUCUGUUGGAAUCGGUACAGGAAUAUACGAAGCAACUGUGGCAAAGGCAGAGGGGUAAUUGGCUUCCGGAAUUAGCUCAUCAAGCUCCAAAUUGUCUUCGCGAAGACUUACUUGGAUCAUUAUAUAUGCAUCACCUACACUCGGCUCCCUUGUUCCGAGACCUUCCAGAAUAUUUCAAUCGGCAACUGGUUGCUAGAUUACGAAGAGUCGUGAUUUUUCCUGGUAAAUACAUCGUUCAGGAAGGAGAUAUAUUCUCAUUCAUGUGUUUUAUUCAUGAAGGCGAAGUUGAAAAGUGGUAUACGGAUAAGAACGGCGAAAGGAAAAUGUUGUCUGUGCUGAAUACGAACGGAUAUUUUGGCCUGUUACCGGGACUUUUUCCAAACACGCCGUUUCAAUUUUCGUAUUUCUCUCGAACGGUUGUUGAUAUGGUUUUUCUGAGACAUAAGGACUGGCAAGAUUUAUUGCAAGGCUAUCCUGAUGUCAAGGAAAAGCUGUACGCUGCCGCCAAGCAAUACAGAAGGGACACAGUCUAA